AUGAUUCGCAAACAAGCGCGACAGCGUCGCGAUUACCUCUACAGAAAGGCGCAGAUUCUGAAGGACGCGGAGACCGGAGAAAAGCGCGCUCAGCUACGUUCUGCGCUCGCUGCUGGAAAGCCACUCGAUCCCGAAAUUGCACGAGACAAGACGCUUCGCAAGGACUUCCAGUAUGACCAGUCCAAGCCAGAGCUAAGCGCCCAGGAGGAGAUGGACUUGGACGACGAGUACUCGAUGUUGAGCGGUGUCUCAGAGCCCAGGGUUCUUGUGACAACCUCGAGAGACUGUUCCAGCCGUCUCGCCGCCUUUUCCAAGGAGAUAAGGCUGCUCCUGCCGACGUCUGUACGCCUCAACCGUGGAAAUUUGAUUCUCCCAGAUUUGGUGCAGUCAUGCAAAUCUAAUGCGCUGACUGACCUCGUACUAUUGCACGAACAUCGCGGAAAUCCGACGGCACUCACAAUCAGCCAUCUACCGCAUGGGCCGACAGUCAGCUUCAGUCUGCACAACGUUGUUCUUCGUCAUGACAUUCCUGGAAGUAUUCGAGGCAGCGUUUCCGAAGCAUACCCCCAUUUGAUCUUUGAGGGCUUCAAGAGCCGCCUUGGGCAAAGAAUAGUAAAGGUGUUGAAGCACCUUUUUCCUCCACGCGACCCAAUCUCUAGCAGAUCAAAAAUUGGGAACAGAGUAGUUACCUUCCUAAACAACGUAAGCCACUUCUCGUUUCAGGAUCUGACUGGGCCAAUACUGACUGACCAUGAUAGUCACGUUUUCGUCCGAACGUCGUAUGACUCUGUCGAGCUUGCCGAGGUUGGACCACGAAUGACCAUGAGACCCUUUGAGAUCCGUGGCGGCACCCUCGACUCGAAGGAAGGAGAUGUAGAAUGGCAUCUCACCCACUACACACGUACUGGCAGAAAGAAGGAGUACUUGUAA